UUUGAUGACGCAUCAAAAAAAUGAUAAAAAAUCUUUAAAAAUCGGCCAAGGACUCGAACUCAUCUUUUCUUGCAUUUUUGCACUAAAUUAACUAUGCAGAUUUCAAAUCUGAGAUGAAAUGAAAAAUAUCUUGAACGGAAGUCAAAUUUUGUGAGGACGUCAUCAACUUGGAGAAAAUUCACUUUGAACCUUUUCAAUUGUUUUCUCGCAACUAUCAUUGUCAAAUAUGUUCCAUAUUCGAAUUGCACACAUUCAGUGCUUUUAAAGGAUGUAUUGAAUUUCUAUUAUACUUACUUUUAAACGUUCUUUCAUGACGUCAUCAUCAUUUUAUGACGUCAUCGCCUUUUAAAGGUAAUUGAAUAACGCGUGAAAGGAUGCCUAAAAAUCUUUAGCUAGUUAAAAAAAGUCAUUCAAAAUUAAAAUUUCGUUGUAUAGAAAAUGAUAUGGAUCCAUUCAUCCUUUAUCACUGUCUCCUUUGCUGGAACUCCAGAAGAAAAUGUAGUUCCACUCAUCAUCGUCUGCUUUAAGCUGAUCACCUCACCACAAUUUUUCCCAUGGCCUAGUCCUCAUUGGUUACGGAAUUUUCUUCGAUUUCAUCACUAGAGCGCUGCAGAUCUUGCAGUUUUUUAGCGGAGGGUGUGCGGGCCCUGCACAAGAUGAACAUAAUUGUGUGAAAAAAAUUUUGGAAUUAUUUUGCAGACUCCAGUAUUUUCUGCAGAUAUUCACAGCUUUUUUAACGUUGAGUUCGAGUCCUUGGCCGAUUUUUAAAGAAUUUUUAUCAUUUUUUUGAUGACGUCAUCAAAACAGCUACUUCCGGUGAUAAUUUUUUUUGGCCCAUCUUGGAUUAUGAAUUUCCAUGGUCGAUUUAGUAAGAAUGUGAAAUAAAAUUUGAGGUUAGGCAGUUUGCUAGUUUUUUCUACAAAAUUCCCUGUCUAUUAUUAGACGUUGAAACAUCGAGAGCGGGUGGAUAGAAAUGAUUUCACCAUCUAUUUGGAUGCUGGAUCUUGCUUUCAUGAUUACGGCAAUGUCUUUCCUUUUAAACGUAUACUUCCCAACUUCACUUCGAGACAUUGAUUCUAAAAUACAUUUCCCGAUUUUCUUUGCAUCAUCUAGACUGACAGCGGAAAUUGCAACCUCUACCGUGUCAAUGUUUGCAAGCUCCUUACAGUUGUCAAACGGAUUUCUUGACGUCUCUUGAUACGAGUUUGAGAUGUUUCUUUGUGCUGUUCCAUUUUUUAUACGCAACAUUUGUAACUUCUUGCAUUGCUCGAUUUACUUCAGCACAGGCAGGUGUUGAGCAGAGCCAAAUUGCUCUUUGAAGUUCGGUCAUCCCUCUCCCACGAGUGAGUCCGCCAGUUGUUUUCAAACUUCUCUUUAGAACUUGUUCAAUCAUAAGGUCAAUUGAAAGUCCUGCCCAAAACGGUAACUUCUUCUGACAACAUGAUACCUCUGCUGAAACUUUACAUAGACAUUUGGAUGGGUUUCCUGAAGAUUUGACAUUUUUGUAGAUAGAUGUGAGCAGACUUGGCGUAAAGUGAAUGAUCAGAUGCUGCAAAGAAGGGUAACAUUUUUCCCAAACAAUAGCAGCCAUCUUGAAUUUAAGGCAACCAUUUUGGAUCAAAUUACAAUAAGAAUUUCUCUGAAAUUAUUUUUAAAACAUUUUUCCUAUAUCAAAAGUAUUUUUGCAGUAAAAUUGCAAAAUUAUAACUGUAAAAUUGCAACAUAUUAGAUUUUUCAAUAUUUAUGAAAAUUAAGGGAAACUUUUGGGGUUUACCUCUCAAAAUGAGCAGUGGUAUUUUGGGGAAUUGCCUCAACCCUUUGUGGUAAGUUUUUGAUAGGUUAAGUAAGUUUUCGAUAGAAUAAGGAGCUCAAAACACUUAAAACCAUUUCUGUUGCAAUUUAUUCCAGGUCAAACAACAGAGUGACUGGACUAAUAAGCCUGUUUAAAUAGAUGCAAAAAAGUAAGUGUUUCCAAGUUCGCCAUACUAAAAUCUUACAGGUUUAUGCAAAGAACAACCUUUUUUGCUGUAAAUAUCUUGAAGGGUACUCCUAUUGCCAUAGCUCAGUUUUCACGUUUUCGCAGUGUUCGAUAUGGCUGAAGAAUAAGAAGAAACAAACGAUAUAUCUGCAUUUUUCAUUUUCAUUUCUCUACCUUGAUAAAUUUCCCAUGAUUUCCCACCCAAACAGUCAUCUUACAACUUUUAUUUAAUUUGCUUUAGCUAUUUCAGUUUGCUAAAAAAAAUUCGCGGCGGUGCGGCCAUUUUAUCUUCAGGUGGUCAUUGACAGCUCAUUCACAGGCUGCAUCCCAGUUUUUUUGACAAAACCCCUGUAUCUCGAAAGAGCCUCCUCUCCCACCCUAUCAACUUUUCUUUUUGAAUUUUACACAACAAACUGGUCUGGAAAAAGUUGGUCUGGUAAAGACCCUCGACGGGUGGUAAUGCUCCUCCUUGUCCUUCUGGACUACAAGACAAAAACACAAAUUACUCUAUAGAAGGGUGGGAUUUCACCUCGUGGCUCACAGGCUGGAAGGUGGGAAGAUUUUCUCCAUGUAAACAGGCCCUAACAGGCCAAAUAACUUACAAAAUAUGUCACCUGUUCUAUGGCUCUAUAUUAUUUGUAUAUUUAACUUUGUUUUAAUACGGAUUAAUUUUAUUGCAAUAGAAAUUGUAUUUUAAACGAUUUCUGUUUGGAAUGUAUAUUUUUGCAGAGACUUAUAACGACAGUGAGGUAAACUGAAUAUUCAUAACGUUUCAGUUAAAACAAAUAAUUUUACAACGCAAACAAGAUAUUUAUAGCCGAGAAUUUCUAAUAAUGACGAUGAUGACGUAGGUGAUUUACAAUCACCAAUAGUUUCGUUUCUACGUAGAUUAAGUUAAAUUGACUCAACAGAAUUUGCAUUGCUUUCUUUUGUUUGUUCUGCCGGUUUUGUUUCUGCAGUUUAUAAAACAGAUGGCUAAUUUGAAGGCUUUAAAUCUUUUGCAUGUUUUGUAAAAUGUCAAAGUCAGUUAGAUUUUACAGGAGGUGGACAAUGUUGCCCAGUGUAUUUUUGUACCCGUUUUUCCUGUCUUUAAACGCGCCUGUUGUGGCAUCAAGCAGCUUCUUUAUGCUUGAAAAAGGAGACCAAAAUGGUAUAAAUACUGGCAUUUCAAAGAUGCACUUUAGGUGUGAUCGCGACCAAAGUUGUGCAUACAUUAAAUUCAACAAGGUGUCACAAGAGUUUCAGCUUUUAACAGAGAAUUACGUUAUCAGUGAGGCAGACGAAGAUACAGAAACAGUUUGGAGAAAAGUUUUACAGAUUUAUCCUUCCUGCAAAGAGGCCUUACCAGGGGACCUUAACAAUGGGGUAUACUGGAUUCAGCACAAGAAUAUGCAAGAACCAAUAAAAGUCAAAUGCAACAGAGAGAUAGGAAAUGUUCUCGCAGUAUUUGAUCACGACAGCGAAUCACGCAUAGUGGCUAAAGGGUUUGAAAUCCCUGGAUCGUAUCGGCACAGAAUCACCUACACCAAUCGACUUCAAGACUUGACAAGCUUUGUCGAUUCGUCACGUCAAUGCCACCAGUUCACUAGAAUAGAUUGCUUUUCAAUGAGUUUGUAUUUCUCUUCCUCGAGUACCCCAUAUCGUGGAUACCUCGUCGAUAGAAGCGGUAAUGGAAUGGAGUACUUUGGUGGUGGGCCAACAAAAGGAAGAGGAUGCAGUUGUGGGAUAACUGGUACAUGUGCAAAAAGUUCAGAUCUUUGCAACUGUUAUGCAAAUGAUGCGGUAUGGCGAUUUGACGAGGGAUUUGUCACCGACAACAAGAGGCUGCCAAUAACUGAAGUGAGGCUUGGAGAUACAGGACAUGCGUCUGAAGAAGGUGCCCAUACCAUUGGGAAACUUAUCUGUGAAGAGUGGCCAUAAGCAUUCAUUAAAGACUACCAUCAAUUCAAAUUCUGCAGUGGAUCAUCGGAGGAGAUUUCCGUUAGUUGCACGUUGAAAACAAAACAAUUGCAACUAUGCAGUGGGAGAAUUGAAUGCUUAAAGAGACACAAUUAAACACUCCACAUGAAUUAAAACAGAAGAGAUGAAAGUCGUAUAAGAGAGCAACAAUCAUAUUUCACUUAUUACUGCAAAAUUCUUAAUAUUACAAAUCGGAAAGGAAAGGGAAAUUUGCACAUUGAAUAUAAUGCAUCCACAUGAAGCAUAGCUUGUAAUAUAGUCACAAAGGGAAGGUCUUUAUGUUUAUCCUUUGUUUGCCUUUCCAGUAGGUAAAACACCUUAAUAUCUUGUUAUGUCUAACGACAUUUUUCGACGUAUGAUUUAAAAGAAGUUCUAAAGUUAUGACGUCAUAAAAACUAUUUUUACAAUUUUUGAAUUUAGAUCCAAAAACUGAAAGAGCAUCGUGAAAUACCUCUAAAGUUACAAAAUCAGUCAAAUGUGUUACGAAUUGGCAAAAAUAUGGUUACAUUAGCACAGGCUCCUUCCCACCAAACCUCUGUAACUUGGUCUAAAUUCAUAGAACAGGGUAAAAUGACAGUACUCCGGAAUUGAACUUCAAAUAUUUUACUGGCCAUAUCUCCCCCGAUUUUAGAUAUGUUCGACUGAUUUUGCAUAUUUGGAAGUAUUUCAUCGUGUUUUUUGCUGUUAUGUGAUUAAAAUUCGAAAAUUGGAAAACAAGUUUUUUGUGACGUCAAACCAGACAUCGCAGAGCAGGGGGGCUGGGGAGAGACUUUAACAGCUCACUUUUAAUAAAAAAUGUAAAUUAUUGAGAAGUAAGCUACCAGCAAAGCCAUAAUACAUUUGGUUUUAGCCCUCGCAUUUUUUUAGAUCCCCCACACUUCCAACGCUCCGCUGUGCCUGCAAGCUGAAAAACUCUAAUGCUGUAAAUAGACUGCCACCAAAUGCCACCAAAAUAAAAAACCAACUAAAGUGAAUCAAACCUGACUUGCUCACGACCGGGCAAGUUUUUUAAGCAGAAAACAUUUUGUUCAUACGGGUCAGCCAAAGCUGAAAAUGUCUAGUAGGCAAUGACAUUGUGGCACCACAGGGUUCAAUUAUAGGACCUCUUCUCUUCAGUUUUCCUUUUUCAAGUACAUUGUAAUAAUGUCAUUCAAUCCAUUCUAAUUUCUGUGAACAGGAGAUGGCUAGCAGCCCUGGUAAACUUUUAA